CGCGGGCAACGAACGAACGUUCAACGUUGUUGAAGGACGCAGAGGAGCGGUCGCUGAACGCGGGGGCAGGACCUAUAAAACGUGAAGUUGACCGGUCGGAGGCGGAUCUUGAGGAUUGCUCAAAUGCACAACAGCUAGUUUUCAAAGUGUGCGCGUGUGUGUGUGUCUGGGUUCGAGUCCGCGCAACACAUCCGCCCGCCUACACCACAAUAACAACAACAACAACCACAUCGAAUGCUUUCAUUUAAUUUUUGCGCCACCGCCUUCCCCCUCACCAAUCGUCCAAUCGACACUAUUACUACUGAUUUAAUUAAUGCGCUAUCAACUCAACCUCACUCAACUAAUCAUUAACUAUCAGUGCUGAGAGAGCAGCGUCUGUCGAGAGAGGAGAGCAGCGUUAAAUCCUUCAAAAUUCCACCACAAAUUCCGCCCACCACUGCGAGCGCCAUGCCCGUCUCGUUGGCUGUGUGCGAAACAGCGAAUGUUGUCAACGCUGCGCUGCGGGAAUCUCUUGGCGUCAACGUCGCCGGAAGCGUCGGAGGCUGCGUCGCAGCGACAGCUAGUCGAUCUGGAUCUGGGUCUGCUGCUGACGAGGCCAAAACCGGCGACGAUUCAUUGACUGAUAACUUGCAAAGUCAAAUUGUGGCUAAUGCCAAGCGUGUCUUGUUCGCCAAAAUCGAAUAUGAGGAGGUUAAGAAUUACAGUGAAUCGGUGCUGGCCAAACUCAAAUCCAAAUAUAUCGUCAUUGAGCCGGACAACAACAAUUUUGGUAACAACAAAACAAACGGCAAAGCUGUCGGCUCAAAUGGACAUGACAAUAACAAUGCGAAUGUGAACGGCAACGGAACUGUGAAUGGCAAUCGUAGCAAGCAGUCAACGGAUCAAUCCAAUCAGAAUUCGAACUCAAAUUCGAGCUCGAAUCCCAAUGAGCUGCCCAAACCGAAACGAGUGCUAUUCCAAAGAGAGAACAUUCGUAUCGGAUGGAAGCAGUCGGAACGCAAGUGGCAAGUGGGCACUGGAAUGCUCAAUGUGGGCAACACUUGUUACCUCAACUCGACGCUGCAGGCGCUCUUUCACAUCCCAGCGUUGGCCAAUUGGCUCGUCUCGGAGUCGUCACAUUUGGAGAACUGCAACAUCAGUGAAUCGUGUGGCGGCAGUGGUUGCAUCAUCUGCGCCAUGGCCAAAACCCUGCAGUCCACACAAUCCAAUCAGUCAGCGGUGCGUCCAUUUCUUAUAUACACCAAGCUGAGGCAAAUCUGCAAGCACAUGGUCGUUGGACGCCAGGAGGAUGCCCAUGAGUUCCUUCGCUUUCUGGUCGAGGCCAUGGAGAAGGCGUAUCUAAUGCGCUUUCGCAACUACAAGGAAUUGGAUCAGCUGGUGAAGGAGACGACACCUCUUAAUCAAAUCUUUGGCGGAUAUUUACGCAGCGAGGUGCGCUGCCUGAGUUGCAAUCAUGUCUCGAUUACGUUUCAACAUUUCCAAGAUCUACUAUUGGACAUCCGCAAGGCGGACACCCUCGAGGAGGCAUUUGACGGUUACUUUUCCCGGGAACGCCUCGAGGAUAUGGGCUACAAAUGCGAGGGCUGCAAGAAAAAGGUGUCUGCCACGAAACAGUUUAGCCUGGAGCGAGCACCGAUCACGCUGUGCAUCCAGCUGAAACGCUUCUCGAUGAUGGGCAACAAGCUGACCAAACAGAUUAGCUUCAAGCCACGCAUUGACCUGAGCAGAUUCGCCGCACGGAGUCCAACAGCUGCUGCACAGCCGUUGAGCUAUCGCCUGGUGUCGAUGGUCACACAUUUGGGCGUCUCACAGCAUUGUGGCCAUUACACGGCCAUUGGUCUAACCGAGGCGGGCAGCUACUACAACUUUGAUGACAGCUAUGUGAGACCGAUUGCCAUGCAGAGUGUUUGCAAUACGAAUGCCUACAUAAUGUUCUAUGAGUUGGAUGUGGCCAGCAGCAACAAUGGUGGUGCCAAGCUGAACGGAUUGCGUCUGACCAAUGGGCAGCAUAGUCCAGCAGUGGCAACUGUUGCCACGGCAACAUCAACCUCAGCAGCAACAGCAUCCGCAUCCGUUGUGUCGCCACGUUUUAUUGGACCACAGCUGCCGAAUGGCUAUGCCAAUAGCAAUGGACAUGCACUUGGUGGUGGUGUCAAGACGGCCAUUCAGUUCAAGACCACACCACAGAAGCAAUCACCACAACAUCAACAGCAGCAGCAGCAGCAAAAUGGUCUUAUGGGAGCUAAUAAAUUUCAGGAAUCUUCGCAAUCGAAGCAUUCACUGGCUGGCCCAUUGCCUAAGGGAGAAGCUGCUCCAGCUGCAAAUUCAAAUGCUAACAAAAGUUCCUGCAACAACAACAAUUUAAGCAACCAGCAACAACAUAUUCUGCCAAUGUCAUCCGACGAGGAGGAGGAGGAGGAUAGCGAUGAUGAUGUUAAAGCCAACACGGCGCCACAGCUGCCCAGUAUGCCGAAAAUGUUUGAGGACAGCGAAGGCGUUGCACAAACUGCCAAGUUGAAGCCAAAGACGCCACUGAAGAGCCUCGUUCCGUAUGAGUCUGCCUCCGAGGAGGAGGAACAACAACAACAACAGCAGCAGCAGCAACAACAGUCGCCACAACAACCGCAACAGCAACAAGCAACAAAUUCCCGCAAGCGUCGAAGUGGCGCCGAUUCAAGCGAGGAAUCAGAUGAGGAAACGCCAACGCCGCCGUCAAUAUUGUCAGUGCGCAAUGGACAUGCCAAGACAAAUGGCAACUCAAGUACCAGCAGCAACAACAACAAAGCCAAGUCCGCCUCAAAUGCCUCGUCGGCCAACAAACAAAAGACUGAUGCCAUAGACGAGAUAUUUAAAAGUUUAAACAAUUAUAAAAAUAACAAACACAGAAAUGCAACACCUGCAGCAACAACAGCAGCAGCAGCAGCAGCUGAUAGCAAUGAUGAAGAGGAUCAAGAUGAGGAGCAGGAGGAGCAGCAGGAGAAGGGACAGAUCACAAAGCUAAGCAACGGUUGGCAGUCACAAAAUGGCAGCAGCAAAGGACCGCCAUCCCCAAAGACGCCGCCAUCGCCAGCUGUAAUUAAAUCCAAUACUGGCAUAUGGCAGAUCACUCAUGGCGAUGAUGACGAUAAUGAUGAUGAUGAUGAUGAGCCUGCUGAAAAGCCAAAAGCUGUCAGUGUCAACACAACGCCGAAGAAUCACAAGAAUCCCUUUGCCGCCGGCAAGUGUGGAGACGCCAACAAUGCAACAACGCCUGGCGCCAAGCGGCAGAAGCUGCUCAAUGGCAGCGCCAAGUCACAACAACAACAACAGACGCCGAGGAUCGGCAAUGGCUAUCAGAGUGAAUCGCUGGCCAAUGGCAAUGCCGUCAGUGAGCUGUUGAAGCAAACGCAUCGUGGCUAUGGCAGCUCCGUGCUCAGCUGGAAUGGCAAGGCAUCUGAGAUGGACAAGGAGACUUUUGAUUUGGUUUGUGCGAAACGGAUAGCGGAUAAAGAUAACGGCAAUGCGGAUGGGCAAAUCGACGUCAGCAUUAACAUAAACAGUGACAACAUUAACAUUAACAGCAACAAUAACAGUAACAGUAAAACUGUUGUUGCAGUACAGCUGCUUUCCGAGGCGCGUGAGCAACGCAAACGGGAUGAGGAUGAUGAUGAGGAGAAUGAAAUGGAUCGUGGACGUCAGCGGAAGAUCAAAUCGGCGUCGGUUAAAUGUAAUAAUAACAGCAUACCCGGCUACAAUCCAUUCCAGGAAUACGAGGGACAAAAACGUUGGCAUGGCAACAACAACAACAAAUCCGGCGGUUUUCCCCGUUUCCAUCAUCAUAAUUAUCGCCCCAAUUUUCAACAGCGCAACAAAUUUAAAUAUAAUCGCGGUGCAAAAUUUCAACAGCAGCGCGCCUUGCAGCGCCAUCUAGCGUCUGGCGGUGGCUUCACGCGGCGACAACAUCAAUCGGCAGGACAACAACAACAGCAACAACAGUCCUAACUGGAUGACAAUGAUUUAGUUCAGUUGCUGUUGUUGUUUUAUUUGUUGUUGUUCGUGGCCAGCAAGUGGCAAACGAGUUCGAUUGGAUUUUACAUGAGUUUUGUAAACAUUUUUUAACUGCUGAUGAAUAUAUUAGAAACUAGGACAUGUAAGCUAUAAGCUAGAGCAUUAUUGUUCCCCCAUUAUUAUAUCCCCACCUUCAACGAUCCCCCAUCUUAAGUUAAAAUUGUUUGUAAGAUUGUUUGGCAUUUUAUUUAUUGUGUUAAUUUUAAAGGAGACUUGGAAAACACAACUAAAUCAAAUUGUCGCUGGAUUGUCCACAUUUUAAAAAAAUGUUAAUCCCCUCCCAAAUAAACAUAGAAAAGAAGGAACGGAAUAGAAACCAAA